UCAUUUUGUUAGUGAAUUCGCGAUCGUUCGUGGUUUGUGUUGUCUUUUCGGUGUUAAAAAAAUGUCUUUCGAGUGCUAAACUCCAAGGCAUUUUCUCCUGAAAAGAUGAAAAGUAGCCCUACACGCAAAUAUGAGAAUUUCUCCGACCACCAGGCAAAAGAGACUGACAAAUAUUCCUUAGACAGCCAAGACACGGCCAGUCUGCAUUCGACCGCGGAGGAGGGCGGGCGGCGGGGUGCGGGGGACGUGAGCGCGGGCGCCGGCGACAUGUGGAUCAGCGCAGUCGAGAGCUCCAUCCUCAGCUGGGAGGAGGUGGCGGAACGACUGCAGGUGGACGUCCGCCGCGGGUUAUCAUGGCGGGAGGCGAACGAUCGUAUGAACUUCGUGGGGCCCAACGAGUUCCAGGUGAAGGAGCAGGAGCCGCUGUGGAAGAAGUACAUCGAGCAGUUCCAGAAUCCCCUGAUACUUUUGCUGCUGGGUUCGGCGGUGGUCAGCAUUUGCAUGCGCCAGUUCGACGACGCCAUGUCGAUCACGAUCGCCAUCAUCAUCGUGGUGACCGUGGCCUUCGUGCAGGAGUACCGUUCCGAGAAGUCGCUGGAGGAGCUCAACAAACUGGUGCCCCCGUCGUGUAACUGUUUACGAGAAGGCAGCGUCGAACAUUUCCUGGCACGGAACCUGGUACCUGGCGACAUCGUUCAUCUGAACGUCGGAGACCGGGUGCCCGCGGACUUGAGGCUUUACGACUCUACCGACCUCGCGAUAGAUGAGUCUUCCUUCACCGGGGAAACCGAACCGGCGUCGAAGAGCGUCCUACCAAACAAAGCCUCUGCGGGGAGGGUUAAUAAGGAUAACAUCGCAUUCCUUGGCACUCUCGUCAGAUGUGGAAAUGCUAAGGGCAUCGUGGUCAGCACUGGCGAGCGAUCAGAAUUCGGCGACAUCUUCCGUAUGAUGCAAGCGGAGGAGGCUCCCAAGACCCCGCUGCAGAAGUCCAUGGACACCCUGGGCGCGCAGCUGUCCAUGUACUCCUUCUGCAUCAUCGGCUUCAUCAUGGUGGCUGGCUGGCUGCAAGGGAAACAGCUCCAGGAGAUGUUCACUAUUGGAGUCAGUUUGGCUGUGGCUGCUAUACCUGAGGGACUGCCUAUCGUGGUGACGGUGACCCUGGCGCUUGGAGUGAUGCGUAUGGCCAAGAGGAGCGCGAUAGUGAAGAAGCUGCCCACAGUCGAGACCUUGGGCUGCGUCAACGUCAUAUGCAGCGAUAAAACUGGUACGUUGACGAAGAACGAGAUGACAGUGACGACUCUGUCUACAUCGGGCGGGCACAUAGCGGAGGUGACGGGCGCGGGGUACAGCGCGCGCGGCGACAUACAGCUGCGCGCGUACAAGGGGCGCGACCUGGACGUGGCUAGGAUGGGCGUCAACAGCAUGCUGGAGGUGGGCGUAAUAUGCAACAACGCGGUGAUACGCGACGACGUGUUGUUCGGGCAGCCGACGGAGGGCGCGCUGCUGGCGUGCGCCAUGAAGAACAACAUGCACGAGCUGCGCGACCAGUACACCAGGCUCAAUGAGAUCCCUUUCAGUUCAGAAACCAAGAUGAUGGUGGUGAAAUGCUCACCGAAGUACAACGACGGCAGACUGAAGGAGGAGUUCUUCGUGAAGGGCGCCAUAGAGAAGGUGCUGCCUCUGUGCACGCAGUACAUCGACAGCGCGGGCAACUACGCGCCCAUCACUAAGGAGAAACAGGCCGACUUCCUCAACGAGGCCUAUAAUAUUGGACGGAUGGGUCUACGUAUAAUAGCCCUCUGUCGCGGAGCAAGCCUGGAGUCGCUCACGUACACCGGCGUGUGCGGGGUGUGCGACCCCCCGCGCGAGUCCGCCAGGGACGCCAUCGCAGCGCUGCGCCGGGCGCAGGUGCAGGUCAAGAUGGUCACGGGGGACGCCAGGCCCACCGCUCUAGCUGUCGCGCAAAUGGUCGGACUGGACGUGUUGCACUCGCAGUCGUUGUCGGGCGAACAGUUGGACGCUAUGUCGGACGACGAACUGGACGCUAUUAUUGAUACAGUGACAGUGUUCUACCGCGUGACUCCUAAACACAAGUUGUCGAUAGUUAAAUCACUGCAAAGGCUCGGAAACAUUGUAGGAAUGACAGGCGACGGCGUCAACGAUGGCGUGGCACUGAAGCGCGCGGACAUCGGCAUAGCCAUGGGUCGCAACGGCACCGACGUGUGCAAGGAAGCCGCUGAUAUGAUCCUGGUGGACGAUGACUUCGCCACUAUUAUUUCAGCCAUCGAGGAGGGCAAGUGCAUAUUCUACAACAUCCGCAACUUCGUCCGCUUCCAGCUGUCCACGUCCAUCGCGGCGCUGUCGCUCAUCGCGCUGGCGACGCUGAUGGGCGUGCCCAACCCGCUCAACGCGAUGCAGAUACUGUGGAUCAACAUCAUCAUGGACGGUCCCCCGGCGCAGUCGCUAGGAGUGGAGCCCGUAGACCAUGAGGUGCUCCGGCGAAGGCCGCGCGACACCAAGCGGCGCAUCAUCUCCAGGUCUCUGCUGCUGUCGGUGCUGCUGAGCGCCGCCAUAAUCAUCGCUGGCACGCUCUGGGUGUUCAACAGAGAGAUGUCAGACAACAAGAUAACUCCGCGCGAUACGACGAUGACCUUCACCUGUUUCGUUCUUUACGACAUGUUCAAUGCGCUGUCGUGUCGUUCGCAGACCAAGUCCAUAUUCCAAGUCGGAUUCUUCUCUAAUAAGAUGUUCCUGAUAGCGGUGACGUUGAGCCUGGUGGGGCAGAUGCUGGUCAUCUACUUUCCGCCGCUGCAGCGAGUCUUCCAGACGGAGGCGCUCACUGGACAUGAUCUCAUAUUCCUAGUCUGUCUCACAUCCAGUGUGUUCAUUGUGAGCGAAAUCAAGAAGCUCAUAGAGCGCACACUGAAGAGGCGCUCCUUCGGAAACUUCUCGACGAAGGCCCACGACGCGUUGGACUUCGUAUGACACGAGCCCGAGAGGAAAACGCAGUAGGCGGCGCGUCUUGUCGCUGUGACGUCACGCGUGACAGUGGAGCUCACUGUGUCACCACACAACACGACACCAACAACAGAAGCGACAAAAGUAACAUUCGCUUAGAAUCAGAAGUGGGAUACAGUGAGAACCAACAUGUCACAGUUCACAACGUCAGGGACAUUUGCAAAAGUGUUGUUUGCGAUGUUCCAAAAAUGGAACACAGUGAAAAUGUGUGUAAAGUGACACAGUGUUACUGUGAAAGGGAUGGUGUGCCUAAAGUGAGCGAUGGAAGUGAAAGUGAAUUGUUUAGUGAAAACUGUAGGUGCGGUGAAGUGUCGCAUGGCGGACCACCGUUCGCGAUUUAUGAUGGAAAAGUCGAUAUUCCUAUUUGUUUGUAAUUAAUGUUCUACAACCAUGGAGUACUUAUAAGGUUGAGUGGGAUAUAUCAAUGGAAUCUUAAUGAGGUGAUACUGACAGCUGGCAUAACCUUCUAGUCUGUUAAAUAAAUAACUAAGGUAGUUAUAAUGAAAAACAACUUUCUUUUGAAUUUUCAAAAUUUGAUUAUCUCUGUGACAAUUCAACCGAUUUUCAUGCGAUUAGUGUUGGAGACAAUUUUUUGAGUCUUUGAUUGAGGAAAUACAGUUAGGAUAGCUGCCUAGAGCCUCAAGAUGUCGAGAUCACAUGAAAACUCGAUUUUAUAAAAAUGCAGUAAAAUCAUCUUGCCUACUUAGUAGUAUAUUACCUUAUAAUUACUCUGGUAAAUGAAUACCAGUUGUGUUGUCUUCUCUCAGUAUUCAAUAUGUUUUUAAAUUAAUUUUAUCUUUAACCUAAGUGAUAUCUUGUAGAGUAAAUAUUUACGCUUAUAUUUUUUUUUGAUAUGAAAUAACUUUUUCGGCACUGGCCUGUUUAUACUUGAUAGUACACUAAUUGCUGAAUAUAUUUCGAAUGACGUCAUUAAUUAUUUCAGUGACGUCAUUCGAAUUGGAAAAUUAAUGUUUAAAUAAAUGUUGUUUGUGAAUUUAAACCUGCAUUUUUGUGUAUUGAUUGGUUUUUGUAGGGAAAUGUAAUCAAGUAAUGAUAAUAAUUAGUAGAUAUAUAUUUAAAAAGUACAGUUUAGAAUAUAGAAAGGUAUAGUGGGCUCUCAGUACUUCUGGAUUUCUCACCAGUAGUAUAGGUUUAUUAUAAUAGAUCAAUUUUUUAAAAGACUUCUUUGUAUACUACUAGAUAGCUAGAUUUUCUUACUAUACAGAUUUUAAUGUACGAAAUGGUUCAAGUUUAGGUAAUAAUUCUGUUUAAAUUCCAUAUUUAGUCCGGAAUAGCCUUUCUAGUUGUAUAUUCUAGUAGUAUACUUGAUGUGGUCUUUAUUUUUUUUUAAUAAAAUGAUUAAUAUCUUUUUUAAUAGCAUUAUUUAGCACGCUCCUUAAAAAGUCAGUGAUGUUUUACAAUAAUUAAGGUAUCUGUAACUAUAGUACAUUUAUCUCUAAUCUUAAUUGACUCAGUUAUUUAACAUGUUAAAUACAAUCAUAUAACACUACUUAAUGCAAUAAAUAUUUAUAUAUGUGUAUAACACAUUCAUAACUUAGUAGAACAUUGACAUUUUGUAAUAUCUGUAUUUAACAUGUUAAAUGUACUGAAAAUAAUAAAUCUAUGGCCGUAAUAUCGUGAUUUUCAUUUUAAAAUUUUCAUUAGGUGCUAAAGUUUACUCAAAAAUAAAGGGUGAAAUAUCUUGCCGGCGCACACCUGGCUUGGUGGCCAUAAUUGGCCUACCUAUCUGUCAUGAUGGCCAUAUAUGGGACAUGUGUACCCAUCUAAAUACGCACUGGCCUCUAGGGUUUGUGAGGUCUGGAAACUAGCCUAGGGAUUCGUUGGGACUGGAGUAUUUUUAACAUCUAUCUAUUGAAAGUAUGUUAUGGGCUGUGAAACUCAAGUUGGAUUGUACUGUCAGGAAUAAUAUAAUAAGUAUAAAAUCAUAUUUAGUAUAUUCAGAAAAGUUUCUGCAUAGCCAAAAAAAAUAUUAAUUGAUAUAAGGUUACACCUCAUUAUAGCCACCCUGCCUUGUACUGCCUCGCCUUGUGACGAUUGAGUACACCUUCGGCCGUUUUCAAUAACCUAUCUAUCCGCAAUUUCGCUUACUAAAGGUAAGAAAAUCUAUCUUUCUGUUCUUAUCUGCUUCUUAAUAACCUAAUGACAGAUAGUUUGACUGUUACUGAUAAUCAAGGAUAGCUAUCUAUCCGUAAUCUUGGGUAGGUUAUUGAAAACGGUGGUUAGGCUGGUUUCAUAGUUACGCUAACCGCCUUCGAGGGUGUCAAGGGUGACUCGUAAACGCGAUGAUGACUCGCACGAAAUGCGAUACCAAAUACUAUGAAAUCAGCUUAUUUAUGCCAUAAAUAAAUAUGCUUAUUAUACAGUUUAAACAGCUUUUAAUUUGUCGGUAUAAUUUCAAACGUUACGAGAUUUGAGAUAAAAAUAACUCUAAUCGCAGAAGGCGAUGGUGCUCAUUGGGUGCUGGGUGAAUGUAAUAAGUUAUGACUUGAUGACACUAAUGUGUAAGUAAAUUGGCCUCUAUGAACUCUUUGAAGUAGUAUUUUCCUUAUUGAUUACCUGUUUUAUAUACUGUUUCCACUAUAUGUGGGUGAAUGCCAUUCAAUAUUUCCUUAAUUGUACCAACCAUAGAGAAAUUUAAUUAUGUUAAAAUAAUUAACUUAUGAUAUUUUAUAAAUCUUGACAUAUUUUAGUUUUUGUAGGCUAUGCUCGUCCUAUGAAUUUAUUCGAAUUUAAUUUUUAUAUAAUAUAAAAAUUUAAUUAAAAGAAAUGUAAAAUUUAUAACUUAUAGUAUUGUAUCGUGUAUGUUUUUUCAGUGAAAAAUGUAAUGUGAUGAACUCAUAUCUUAAAGUAUUAGCAUUAACAUGUAAUUUACACAAUUUUUAUGACAUAAUAUAUUCUGUAAGUAGUCAUGUCACCAAUAGGACCGUCAACUUCAUAAAUUAUAGUCAGCAAUUUCUGUUUUAAUGAUCAUGCCCCACUUAUGAUGCAUUUUGAACAAAGUCCUGCAAAGUGUUCCACAUGUGUCACACGAUAGCCAUAAAUGAACAUUUAGAAAUAUGCACGGUUUUGGAAUAGAUAGUCAAUAAUAUUAUGAUGCACGUAAUUCGCUGAUGCAAUAUUGUUAUAGGUAUCAUGCAAUGUACGUACACAGUUUUUGAACUCCAAAAUCAAAAUCAAAAUUCAUUUAUUUCAAGUAGGCUCAAUUUACAAGCACUUUUGACACGUCAGUUGACUAUUUGUAAAGAUUCUACCACCGGUUCGGAAGGCAGGUUCUGCUGAGAAGAUACCGGCAAGAAACUCAACAGUUGCUCUUUUGAAAUGAUUAUAACUGUUUAUUUAUUUAUCUGUAACAUAUCGGUUAGCGUUCGAAGCGCGUUCAUUACUCAAAAACAUACAUUUACGCGUCGAAUUUAGAACCUCUUCCUUUUUGAAGGCAGUUAAAACGACAGAUCACUGUAGUAAGACCGAAUCAAAAUAUUGAUAUACUUAUAGUGCCUCCGGUAUGGCUUACCACUUCACUUACUGUAUGCGACAUAUGUGUUCCACAUAUGGUACAGAGUCAAUAUAAGUUGUGUACAAGUGUGAACAAUUGAUAUAACCUCUCAAAUAAAACUUUGCACGUUGCACUCUGGUUACAAAUCAUGUAUGCUGUAAAUUGUUAGCGGUGUGCAAUUAAUGUAUUAAAUAUUAUGAACAAAGUGAACCGAUUUUGUGACUUCAAUAGACAAUUCGAAUAUCUAAGUAUAAACGCUAAUAAAUUAUUUUAGAUAAAUAUAGAAAUGUUAAGCUGAUCGCACAUCAAAUCAAAUCUCAUUUUAUUUGUAAUCCAUAAGAGCCUCAAUAGCUCAACGGCAAAGCGGUCGGUCUCGUCGGCCUCAUUGGACUAUUACGCACUCCUAAUGCAGUCUUUCCCGACUAGUUGGAGGGAAAUGGGAAUUUAAAUAUAUGACAAAUAUUCUUUUUUUCUUUAAAAAAUAAAGAUGUGCGAUCUGUUUAUUAUUAUUCUACAGACCGACCAAGUCAAAUAGAUGUAUGAUGCCAUUCAAAUAAGAUUAUAAAACAUAUAUGAACACAUGCGGACGCCCGCGACUUCGUCCGCGUGGAUGUAGUUUUUCACAAAUCCCUCGGGAACCAUGGAUUUUUCGGGGAUAAAAAGUAGACUAUCUGUUAAUCCAUGCUAUAAUAUAUCAAUACCAAAUUUCAGCUAACUCGGUUAAGUAGUCAAGGCGUGAAAGAGUAAAAAACAUUCAUAUCAUUAAAAUCAUCAGUUUUCGGAAAUCUCGGGAAACCAUGGAUUUUUCGGGAUAAAAAGUAGCCUAUGUGUUAAUCCAGAAUAAUAUCCAUUUCCAUUCCAAAUUUUAGCCAAAUCUCUUCAGUAGUAGCGGCGUUAAAGUGUAGCAAACAUACAAACAUCCAAACAUCCAUACAGACUUUCGCGUUUAUAAUAUUAGUAGGAAGUAGGAAAGUUUGUAGACACCUCCAAAGAUGAUCUCCGUGGUGGCUUUGGAAGGUUUUAAGGGUCCGGUAUAAAGAGGUUUUUUUAUUAUUUUAAAAUAAAUAUUCACUAGAAAGUGUAACCCUAAAUUGAGAAGCGUCGAGUUGUUGUAGUUGUUUGACGGCCUCUGUGGCGCAGUGGUAUGCGCGGUGGAUUUACAAAACGAAGGUCCUGGGUUCGAUCCCCAGCUGGGCAAAUUGAGAUUUUCUUAAUCGGCCCAGGUCUGGCUGGUGGGAGGCUUCGGCCGUGGCUAGUUACCACCCUACCGGCAAAGACGUACCGCCAAGCGAUUUAGCGAUCCAUAUACUCCAUAACAAGUUAGCCCGCUUCCAUCUUAGACUGCAUCAUCACUUACCAUCAGGUGAGAUUGCAAGUCGAGGGCUAACUUGUUAAGAAUAAAAAAAAAAGUAUACAUACAUAAAUAUAUAACGUAAGUAAACAAUAUUGUUCAUGUAUGUGCACAGUGGAGUAGCUAAAUUCGGAUAACUUUUUGCGGUGAUUUUGUAGGCACGAAACACAUCUAUAAUAUAAAAUAUCGUUGGCAAACACUUUACAUGCGUCUGUUUGGCUUGGUAGAUUUACUCUCUAAGAUAGUAGCAUUUGCCUCCCUAUUGUUAAGAUAUCAAAUAUCUCUGUCAUAGACUAUCUGUCGAUACUAUUAAAUGUAAUAAAUAUUAAAAUGUUCGUGAAAAGUUUACACAAUUUAAUUGGUACUUACUUGUAGUAUUUUAUAAAGUUUACUAUUGUGUGAUACUUUUUCUUGCAACUCAUCAAUUUCAAUUUAGAAAAUGUUAGUCUUUUUCUGAUUGUUUGAGUGCCGCUGAGAUUCUGGAUGUACUCGUUGGCGUGCAUAAGGUUUUAACUAAGGUAUGCAAUAUAAAUAAAAAUUGGAAAAUUCUUUGUCCCAAUUAUGUAUUCUGUGCUCCAACAUAGGUUUGUAUUGAGUCUUUAGAGUAGGCAGAGCAUUUUUGCAUCUAUGAAGUGCGCGCCACUAGCUGUUCUCUAUUCGAGAUAAUUUCGAAGUCGUCGAAGAUUCUGUUAUUGGAUAUUCUGUUAUUUGUGUGAGGUGGCUGUAGAAAGAAGCAUGUAUACUGCGAAACGUAUAUACGUUAAAAAGUUCUAACCGCAGGACAUCCGAUCCGUGAAACUGAUCGUGUGUUGGUCGGAUCAGUUAUAUUGGAUGUCCUGCCGUUAGCGCUGCAGGCACAUGGACUUAUUGGAUGGUUAGUGGCUAGCAUAACGGAUUGAUGGACGAGAGACGAAGCGCGGGGAGGGUGAUCCGCUGACGGUGCUCCGGUGCGAAAACAAACAGUGGUCUAUAGUAAUGUGGGACGUCGAUUCUCUUUCUACAAACGCUAACGCUUCUAAUAUUAAACAAUGUGUGGGAAUGACAUGUUGACGGCCUCCGUGGCGCAGUGGUAUGCGCGGUGGAUUUACAAGACUGAGGUCCUGGGUUCGAUCCCCAGCUGGGCAGAUUGAGGUUUUCUUAAUUUGUCCAGGUCUGGCUGGUGGGAGGCUUCGGCCGUGGCUAGUUACAACCCUACCGGCAAAGACGUACCGCCAAGCGAUUUAGCGUUCCGGUACGAUGCCGUGUAGAAACCGAAAGGGGUGUGGAUUUUCAUCCUCCUCCUAACAAGUUCCGCUUCCAUCUUAGACUGCAUCAUCACUUGCCAUCAGGUGAGAUUGUAGUCAAGGGUUAAGUUGUAAAGAAUAAAAAAAAAAAACAUUCUUUAUCGACAGGUCACGUGGUCGAAUUUGUCAUUCGCAUAAAUUUAUAUAGUUUACGAAGCGUUAGCGUUUGUAGAAAGAAAAUCGAAAUGACACAUGGCUACAGGGAAAUGUUCCAUGAAAAUCAUUUGUAUUGUAGGUAUGGUUGAUACUGGUGCGUGCGUGUUUCUCUUGUGUUGUGACCUCAUGCGUUACCACAACGUACAAUGCGUUAAUCCUUUGCGACGACGCAAUGCGACGCAUUAAUGAGGCAUCGCCCUAACUGAAGGUUCUUUAUUGAAACAAACCUUCAGGCUUAAGUUUAUACACACACGCACGCUUGGUCCUUCGUUUUACCACUACAUACAAAACUAUACGGACUUCCCUAGAUUGUACCAUUAUUGCAUUGCAAGUAAUGUUUGCACAAAAAGUAUUACAUAAUCAGUGAACUCUUUUUAAAUCUUCAUGAUAUAUUGUAUUGUUUUCAAAUCUGUAUCUACUUAAUGUAAUUAGGGAACAUCGUGUGAGAAUUAUACUUGUUAGAAAUUGUA